AUGGAUGUCGAUCUCGAAAUGGUUCGUUCAGCCGUCGAUAUCUAUACUGAUCGGAAUACGGCCUGCCAUGCAGAGGUUGGGGCUCCGGAUAUCGUCAACGACUUGCCAGCACUGGACAAGACUAUCGCUCGAGAUAUCCAGAGGCUUCCCCAAAUACUGCCCGAUGGCUUGAAACCGAAACUGCAGAGUGGUUCGCAAAACCGGCCGCUUGAUUCCGAGUCCAACCCUCGUACCGAUCGACAACAGCAUCGCCUUCGACCAUCUGGUCAAGCAAAGAUCGGUGUCUCACAAGAGGUCGGUCCAAGACCUCAAAUCGGAUCUUCACAAUCUUCGACAAACCCGACGUCUUCAUCUGCCAAAGAGGAGGGUCUCCAUGCCCCUUGCGGCAUUCUCGAAGACAUAGCGGAGCUCGAGUCAAAGAUUAGGCUAAAUGAAGUCAUCGCAAGACUGCAAAACCCGGAUAAUCCGGCGGAAAUUCCCCAGAUUGCGAAAUGUGGGGAUGGAAUGCGGGGCAAUGUCCUCUGCGGUAUAGAAACUGAAAGUAAAUUCCGAAAGGUUAAAUAA